AUGGCAACAGGAACCUCCUGCUCAACAGAGUGCAUCAAGGGCUCGAUCCAUGCCGGAACUCCCAAAGGCACCAUUGAAACACUCCACGGCCUCUCCGUCUACACAGUCGGAAACCGAACCUCACCACGCGCAACAAUCUGCAUAUACUCCGAUAUCUUCGGCCUGGGUCUCCCCAACAACAAGAUCAUCGCCGAUGCCUACGCCGCCUCAGGAGAGUACCUAGUCCUGCUCCCAGAUUUCUUCAAGGGCGACCCAGUCGGACUCAAAGUCGCCGAUGCGCUGCUUCCCGUCGAUGCGGCGGCACAGAGUACAUUCGCAAAGUAUACGGGUAUCUUGGCUAGUUUGCCAACGUUUCUUAUGUGGCAGCGGAGGCAUGGGAAGGCGGAGUCCGACAAGAUUUGUCUCGACUUCAUGCGGGAGUUGAGGCGAGCGACGCCGAGCGGGAGGAAGAUCGGUAUGGUUGGGUUCUGCUGGGGCGGAAAGUAUGCUGCUCGCACGGGGUUGGAGAGCAACAUGAUCGAGAUUGAAGGGGUGAAGAAGCCGCUUGCCGAUGCGAUCGUGGCGCUACACCCAAGCCACCUGGUUGUUCCCGAAGACGUCGAGGGUCUUGUUGUCCCGACGAGCUUUGCGUGGGGCGUGGAGGAUAUCGCUGUGAGUUUUGAGACGAAGGGCAAAGUGGAGGAAUGUCAUGCGAAGGCACAGAAGGCGCGAACAGAGUUCCCUGAGAUCGAACACAAGGCGUAUACGCCUGGCAGGCAUGGGUUCGCGGUCAGAGGCAACCCAGACGAUCCGCAGGAGAGGAAGGCGCUGGAGGACUCGGAGAAGCAGGUACUUGCGUGGUUCGAGAAAUGGCUCUGA